AUGCAACAUGAACCGUUCAUUCAACAGGCGGGAAAAGAUGAGAUAGAUGUGGAAGAGCAUGAGUUACCAGAGGUUCAAACAAACUUUUACUUUGAAAACACAUAUAGGAAUAGAUCCGGUGAUAAACCUUACCUAUGCAGUGUUUGUGUUAAUAGUUUCUGUAAAUAUAGUACUUUGAAGAGACAUAAAAUAAUACAUGUUGGUGAUAAACCAUACUCAUGCAAUGUUUGUGGUAAGAGUUUCAGACGUUCUGGUACCUUCAAGAUACAUAAAAUAAUACAUACUGGUGAUAAACCAUACCCAUGCAAUGUUUGCGGUAAGAGUUUCAAACAAGUUUCUACUUUAAAAACACAUAAAGGAAUACAUACCAGUGACAAACCAUACUCAUGCAAUGUUUGUGAUAAGAGUUUUAAACAAGCUUCUACUUUGAAAACACAUAAAGGAACACAUACAGGUGAUAAACCUUACUUAUGCAGUGUUUGUGUUAAUAGAUUCUGUAAACCUAGUACUUUGAAGAGACAUAAAAUAAUACAUACUGGUGAUAAACCUUACUUAUGCAAUGUUUGCGGUAAGAGUUUCAAAGAAGCUUCAACUUUGAAAACUCAUAAAAGAAUACAUACAGGUGAUAAACCAUACUCAUGCAAUGUUUGUGAUAAGAGUUUCAAGCAUUGUGGUACCUUCAAGAUACAUAAUAGACUACAUACUGGUGAUAAUCCUUACAUAUGCAAUGUUUGUGGUAAGAGUUUAAAACAAGCUUUUAUUUUGAAAACACAAAGAUUUACAUCUGGCGAUAAACCUUACUUAUGCAGUGUUUCUGUUAAGAGUUUCUGUAAAUCUAGUACUUUGAAGAGAAUUAAAAUAAAACAUACUGGUGAUAAACCAUACUCAUGCAAUGUUUGUGGUAAGAGUUUCAUGUAUUCUGAUACCUUCAAGAUACAUAAAAGACUACAUAUUGGUGUUAAACCUUACGUAUGCAAUGUUUGUGGUAAGAGUUUCAAACAUUCUGGUACCUUCAAGAUACAUAAGAGACUACAUACUGGUGAUAAACCUUACGUAUGCAAUGUUUGUGGUAAGAGUUUAAAACAAGCUUUUACUUUAAAAACACAUAAAGGAAUACAUCUGGUGAUAAACCUUACUUAUGCAGUGAUUGUGGUAAGAGUUUCUGUAAAUCUAGAACUUUGAAGAGACAUAAAAUAAUACAUACUGGUGAUAAACCAUACUCAUGCAAUGUUUGCGGAAAGAGUUUCAAACAAGCUUCUACUUUGAAAACACAUAGAGGAAUUCAUAAAGGGGAUAAACCAUACUCAUGCAAUGUUUGUGGUAAGAGUUUCAAACUUCUGGUACCUUCAAGAUACAUAAAAGACUACAUACUGGUGAUAAACCUUACGCAUGCAAUGUUUGUGGUAAGAGCUUAAAACAAGCUUUUUCUUUGAAAACACAUAAAGGAAUACAUCUGGUGAUAAACCUUACUUAUGCAGUGUUUGUCUUAAGAGUUUCUGUAAGUCUAGUACUUUGAAGAGACAUAAAAUAAUAGAUACUAGUGAUAAACCAUACUCAUGCAAUGUUUGCGGUAAGAGUUUCAAACAAGCUUCUACUUUGAAAAAACAUACAGGAAUACAUAAAGGGGAUAAACCAUACUCAUGCAAUGUUUGUGAUAAGAGUUUCAAACUUCUGGUACCUUCAAGAUACAUAAAAGACUGCAUACUGGUGAUAAACCUUACGUAUGCAAUGUUUGUGGUAAGAGCUUAAAACAAGCUUUUACUUUGAAAACACAUAAAGGAAUACAUCUGGUGAUAAGCCUUACUUAUGCAGUGUUUGUGUUAAGAGUCUGUAAGUCUAGUACUUUGAAGAGACAUAAAAUAAUAGAUACUGGUGAUUAACCAUACUCAUGCAAUGUUUGCGGUAAGAGUUUCAAAGAAGCUUCUUCUUGAAAACUCAUAAAAUAAUACAUACAGGUGAUAAACCAUACUCAUGCAAUGUUUGUGAUAAGAGUUUCAAACAUUGUGGUACCUUCAAGAUACAUAAUAGACUA